AUGUCGUCCUCCAAGGCCGUCAACGUGCCGGUCAAUGAGAAGCAGAAGGAGAAGGACGUCAACACCAAGCUCCAGCUCUACGGCAUCUUCCAGGCGUUCGCCAACGGCAAGGUCCCCUCAAACAAGCAGAUUGAUGUCGCCCUCAACUCGGCAUUGGCCUCAAGAGCGCUAAGCUCGCCCUCCAAGAAGCUGUCCGCCGAUGGCCGAACUCUCGUUGCCGAUCUCAAGGACGUCAUUGAGCAGGCCAAGACGCUACUGCUCACCAAAAAUGAUGGUAACCUCCUCCAAGAUUUCAUCUGGCAGACGGAGCAAAUCACCGGCGGCAACGCGCAGCUUCCUCAAGCACCAAUCGACAAGGACACAGCCAGGCAGCAUGGCAAUGAGGCCCUUGAGGGUCUCCGCACCCUCGGAACCCUCAUCAUCUCUAACGGCCAGUUCAGGAAGCUCCUCUCGGAUGCCACCAUUCUCCUGCGAGACAUAGCCGGUGAUGCUGCUCAAAACACAGCCAACAAGGUGAAGCCAGGCGAGGACCAGCUCAACCAGAUUGAUCGUCCCGCCGACGACAACACCUGGCACGAGGUGCCGGACCUGUCCAAGGACAAGCUGAAGUCCCAAAUCAAGCAGUCAGCGCCCUUCUCCAAGGGCGAUGCACAGAAGGCCGCGGGCGAUGUUACCCAGGCUGCUCACCCCGGGGCUUCGCGCGACCCCGCUGAUGUUGCUCAAGCUGGCGUCACCGAGGCUCAGACGGGCCAACCCACCGGUUUGGACGCUCAGAACGCUGCGAAUGAGGCCAAGCGCAAGCUCUCUGAGAAUGUCCCUGAAGAAGACAAGGAACGCGUGCGUCAACAGCGCGAGCGCCUGAACAACUACCUCAAGCAGAAAAUGCCCGAGGAGCGCCGCGAGCAGACAAUCUGGCGUCUGAAGAAGAUGGUUGUCGAGAUUCAGGGUCACCAGGAUUACCAGCGUGCUAUCGACACCCUGCUUACUUUGGCUGAGCGCUACGCUGGCCACGGUCGCGAUGUCGCCCAACAGGGCAAAGGAUCCGUGCAAGGUGCGCACCAGGAUGAUUCGCUGCAGAUGGCCGAAGCUGACCUCAAGACUCUCUUGGAGCGCUUCGCUAACAGCACUUCUUUCGACGAUUUGAUCGACUCCGUCAACCAGAUUUACAAGGAUGCUGACCGCGACCCUGACCUCAAGAACUGGUUCAAGCACCUCGAUGCUUACGUUCGCAAGUGCUUGAAGCAGCAAGGCUUCAUCAUGGAGGAUCGCUCUAACGAAGAGUGGAACCGCUUAUACGAUGAUGGGCAUGCAUUGCUCCGUGGACGGUACCGCGGCCACACGGACCGCAUCGCUGAUGAAUUCAAGUUCCUCGGCCAGCAAUUCGACUCUGAUCCUCAGAACAGGGCCUUUUCCAACUCCAUCCAGAAGUUGUUCAACGACCUCGGCCAUGACGAGAACGGCCAGACGGCCUUCAAGCCUCACCUUGUUAAGGACCUGACGGAGGUUAUCCUGCCCGCCAUUUUCGAGAACAUCCGCUAUGUUCCCAUUCCCCGCAUUGAGUACUCUGACCCUAUGGUCGAUGCUGUAGUUGAAAACCUGGUCAUCGAGGGUGACAACCUUACACCUAACGUGGCUGAGUUUGGCUCCGAUAACUACUGGCGAUGGGGACGCAAGCACGUGUCCAGCAUAAACAAGAACAAGGUCAUGUUGUCCGUUAGCGGUAUCCAGAUGGACCUUCGCGAUGUUUCAUACUACGUGAAGCGCAAGCAAGGUUUCCCUUCCAUCACCGACAAGGGUGUCAUGGACAUCUUCAUGGGUGGAAGUGGCUUCAGCUUCAAGGUGGAAAUGGAGAACGCCGAGCGCUCAAAGGACAGCGUCCACUACUUCAAGAUCAACAAGGUCACUACCGACAUCGAGAACUUGCACAUCAAGCUGAAGAAGAGCAACCACAAGCUUCUCUUCAACCUCUUCAAGCCGCUCUUACUCAAGGUCAUGCGCCCGGUCAUCCAGCGCGUCCUUGAGAAGCAAAUCAAGGACAACGUCAACCAGCUCGACGCUCUUAUUUACGACAUCAAGAAGGAGGCUGACAAGGCUGUUGAGGAUGCCAAGCGUAACCCUGAUCCGGAAAACAUCCAGAACAUCUACCAGCGUUAUGCUUCUGCAGCCAACCAGCGUAUCAUGCAGGGCAAGCAGAAGAAGGAGCAACUUGAACAGCGUGCCAAGGACACUCACGUCAACGUGGCCGUCACUCAGCAUGACAGCAUGUUCCAGAACAUCCAGCUGCCUGGCGGUAUCAGCACGAAGGCCACCGAGUACAAGGACCUUGCUGCGAAGGGCGAGAAGUGGGAGAGCCCCGUCUUUUCCAUUGGCGCUGCCAAAGAAACUUCGGCUCUUCCCAAGAUUCCUUCCGUGCAGCGCAAGCCACAUGGCCGUCCCGAGGGUUACGGCCCUGACCCUAGCAUCGGUGGUCCGGGCGCUGGCCUCUCCAGCUCCCAGGGCGUUGGGUCUGGCUUCCACAACGAGGCUGGACAGGGCGUACACCAGGCCGGCUAUGAUGGAGCUAGAUAUGGACAAACCAACCCCACCGGCGCUGGUUACGGACAAGCUAUCCCUACCGGUGCUGGAGCUGGCCUCGCAAACCAGAUGGAUGGUGCCUUCAACGGCGAGUCCGUUCCCGCCGGCGCAGCUGUCCCAGGCGUCGCCGCUGCUGGUACCCAGCCGGGCCAAGGUCAAUUCAACACCAUGCUCGGCGCCAACAACCCGGUCCUCCGCGGUGACAUCUGA